AUGGAUCUUAGUAGCCUGUUAAAUAACCAAAAAGACAAUACCAUUUCACUGUCUGAUCUACAAGUAUUGCUCGAGAAAAAUGAUAAUACAAGCACAUUAGAGAAAAUACGGACCAGUACAACAUAUGUCUAUCCUAGCAACAGACAAGAAUCCUUUCUGUUCUUUGAUUAUUUUAUUCGUGUCAUUCUAUCCAUUGUAUCUGACGAUGAUCCAUACCAUGCCCAAUAUACCAAGUCCAUUAUUAUAGACUCUUUACGCAGUUGCAUCAAAGGCAUUAUUGACCAAUACGACAUAACUUGGUUAACUCAGUUUUCACACUACUUCACGCGUCAGACAUGGUCUGCUUUGCACGAUAAUAUGACAGUCCUCGUAUAUCUGUAUGGACUUGUAUUGGCACUACUCAGGGAACCGCAGUCUAUCAAUACAUCCAAUGCAUGGAUUUUAGGCAUGAUUCAAUUUAUGCGUUCCAAUUCAGCUGCUUUAAUGAGUCAUUUAUGGCUCAAUUGUUGUACUUUUCUAGAAGAUGAAGCAGACUAUAUUCACCAAGGUGAUGUAAAAAAGAUAUAUAUUGACUUUCUCGAAAAGGGAGUGCGACAGAAGAUUGUGUCUUUGACAGCUAUUCAAGAGAUGUGGACGAUUUUGAAAGAAUCGAAUGCACCGUAUUUAUCAACCCAGUUGGAUCAACAGUGGGGAUCUGGACUUGUUAGAGCGUCUUUUACAAAAGAUGAAGUUAUGUUGGGGUACAUUUGCUUUAAAGAUGUAUGUCAGGAUCGAAGUAUAAUGAGUCAGUUUUAUACACCUUUAGACACUCUGGAUAAAAAUCCAUUGCUAAAUCAAGAUAUUUUAGCAGCUACACCAGCUGAUAAACAUGCUCAAACCAAAGCAAUUCAAAAGGGCACUUUAUUUUGGAUUCAACAGAUGAGUACAAUAGCAUCUCAGGCAUUUGACAUGCACUUGAAAAACUUGAUCCUUGACCACUAUCCUACAGAUCAAAAGUCAAUAUUGGACCUUCUUUUGUCUGACUGGACUAUGCGAGAUCGUUUUCAUCGACAUUUGGAUGUGGUGAUGGAUACUUUGUUGUCUCAAUUGGACCAAAAGAAAUACAAUAUACGUACUUGUCCUUACUAUGCCUUUGUACAGCUGUUCAGUCUAUCAGAACCUCAAAACAACAGUAUCAACAACACCACCUAUCAAAUCAAAUCAGGCGCUUUUAUUGAUCUUUCACAAUUCAGUAAUUGCACAGAUAGUGUCUUGAUGCAAGGAUGCUGUAAAGUAUUGCAGAAAAUGACAUUGUAUCCCAACCCAAAUCAUCAAGUGACUGACUGGGCUGCUGACUGCUUAAAGUCUGCUAGUGCAGAUAUCAUUCAGUUCUAUACUGGCUGGUUGACCCAAGGACUUGAAAGAGAGCUUGCUACACAGUCAUCUAACACAUUCCAUCAGUAUGCCAAGUUUACAUUAUUGCUGCUAAACACUUGCGUGACUCAAUCAACGCAUGUAGUGCCUACACUCUUACAGACACUUUCAGACACAGGUCUCCAAUGGCUCCUUCAAACUCAUCGUAAAUCAGCCAGUAUCUUGUUACAUUAUUUUGAUGAUGAAUCACAAGUAUCCAAAGACAUGGUUGUCACUCAACUCUUGAGUACAAAGACAAAGUCAUUUAUUGACUUGUUGUUGAAUUACCUAAGAGACAUGAUGUCUGGUACAGAUCCCAAAUUGCCUCGGUCAAGAAGGUGGUUUAAAAACCACUUCUUAAAGAAUGUGUUAUUGCUUGUAUGUGAACAAGCAGACACCAGCGUGAGUGCCUGUCUGUUUCGACAGUGGUUCAAGACACGCGAUGAUUUUGAGUGGUAUUUCAGUACACCUUUACCUCAACAAAUCACACUGGAUGGACUGGAUCUAACCAGGUCCCAUCGUAUCUAUGGCAUCAAACACACAGGUCUGGCUGCUAUGUUUCAAGAUAUGGUAGGUGAUCAUGUCAAAAAGGAACGCUUGAUUCAAAUCUGGUUUGAUUUAUGGGUCUCUGAUCAUACCUUUACUGUGCCUGUAAGCUGGAUCUUGCAAUGUACUGGUCUUUAUGAUCAAGCCCCUGUCUUGAUGAAGCAAAUGAUCAAGAAACUGAUCUAUGUGGGCAUACAACAUACUGGGUUUUUGGAUGCAAUGAUGGACUUGGUGCUUUUGUCUGAUGCACCUGAGCCAGACAGUCUGUUUGAGCUCAUUCUGGAGGUUGCUUGCGAGACACAAGGCAUAGAGACAACCUACAAGCGUAUCAAUGCCAACAUUAUUCAUCUCAUGAUUGAAUUGUCUGAAGAACUGGACCUGGCAACCACAGUGCAACCAUCCAACACAGCAGAAAAAAAGCUUUCCAAAAAACAACGCCGAAAACUAAAGAAACAUGGUAAAUUACCUCACAACAAAUUACGCUCCAUGAUGCGUAAACAUGAAGAAGAACUUGAGAAGUAUUUACGCGAAUCCAACACAUCCACACACAACAAUGGCUGCUUAAAAGCAUUAACUACACUUGUACAGCGACUGUUUAAUUUUCUUUUGCGAUUGUUGCUCUCAGUCUCGACAGUAGAUUCAACAAAUAAUUCACUUAGUAUCAAACAAGACGUUCAGAGGCAAUUGAUGAGCACACCUUUGUUUUAUGAACCAUUAGCUAAAUUCGUCAAAUUGAUUCGACAGCCAGAAGAUUUGCAGGAAGAUAUUCAGGCUACCAUUGAUAUCAGUACUGAUUAUCUAAAGCGCUUAUCUGAUCUAUCAUUGUUUAAAGCAUCACAAAAUAUUAUGCAUGAACAAAUCAAUUAA